CUUUCUUGCUUUGAUUGUUAGCUUAUAAGGUUUUACAAAUCAACUCUUACUAUUAUUAUUUCUUGCAUCUCCCUUCUAUGACCUGAGCUAUGGUGCCACUCCCUUGUUGGAGUCAUGGUCAGGAUUUUAUGGCCAUGUUUUAAAUCCAAAGAUGACCUGUAAUUGGUCCUACCAUGUCUCUAUUGUCUUAUUCUUCAUUCAAAAUUCCAAAUAUUCCUGUAUUUUCUGUCAUUAGUAUAAUAUAGUAUAGUUUUGUUUGGUACCUUGUCAAUUUCACAUGCUUUAUAUAAACUUGAACCUUUUAUAGAUUAUUGAAUGUGCCAAAUAAGCUCGACUUACUUUCCAAAUGGAUCUUCCUGUUGAAUAUUGAUAGUUUUCUUUUGUGGCUCACACUUUGGCAAAAAAUUUCUCCUGUCUGAGAAUGAGACAAUCAGGUAGAUAAAAUCUUCCACUCAUCCUCUAAAGGUAUGAAGAAUGAGGCAAAGAACUCAUUAUAUCAGGGUCCCAUAAAUUUUUGGUAUGUAUAUUAGAAACUCAUCCAAUUAAUAAUAUAAAAUUAGGCCAAAGUAGGUGGCUUUAUUUGGAGAUAUCUUCUACCCUCCUGCUUUGGCUUGAAUGCUUGUUCCUCAGUAAAUCCAUCAUAUUAUAGUAAGUUAAAUAGUAAUUCACCAGAUUAGUGAAGAAAUUUAUCCGACACUCUCAAGUUCAGAGCCAUGUCUAUGCUAAAAGGAGCAAUUCCCAAUCUUGCAAAUCAUAGUAAAAGAGCUGCUCCAAGUAGAUCCAGAUCUGCAGGAACAAAGUUGCUUCUUUCUUCACAGGAAACAGCAGAAGCUCUAUUCCUCCGAAAAGUAAGAGCCUUUUGUAAUAGCACGGAUAUUGCCAAGAAUGAAGCUCAAGUUAUCAAAAGUGAAAACACAUUCAGAGAAGCUGGAAAGACAAGAACUGUCUUUGAUUUCAGAAGUUACAUGCAUCAAAAGAUCAAAUCUGUCAAUCGAGCCUUAGAUGCUGCUGUCCCACCCAGGGAACCGAUCAAGUUCCAUGAAGCAAUGAGAUAUUCGCUCCUUUCCGAAGGCAAGCGGGUUUGCCCUGUACUCUGCAUAGCUGCCUGUGAGCUUGUAGGUGGCCAAGAAUCAACGGCGAUGCCUGCUGCUUGCGCAAUGGAGAUGAUACAUGCUAUGUGUAUGAUGCACGAUGACCUUCCCUGCAUGGACAACGAUAAUCUCCGUCGAGGUAAGCUCUCAAAUCACAAAGUAUUUGGCGAAAAAGUCACUGUUCUAGCUGGUUAUUCCCUUGUUGCCUUAGCAUUUGAGCAUAUGGCGACAGCCACUAAAGGGGUGCACCCGAAAACAAUGGUUCGCGCUAUCGGAGAACUAGCAAGGUUGAUAGGGCCAGAGGGGGCAGCGGCUGGCCAGGUACUUGACUUGCUGUCUGGAGGUAAAUCUGAUACUGGAUUAGAAGAGCUCGAGUAUAUUCAUCGUCACAAGACAGCAGACUUUGCAGAAGCCGCGGCCAUUGUAGGAGCAAUGGUUGGUGGUGCAACCGAUGAGGAAAUCAAUAGACUCAGAAAGUUCUCUCAGUGUAUUGGGCUGCUGUUUCAGGUUGUGGAUGACAUUCUUGAUGUGACUAAAUCCUCUGAGCAAUUAGGAAAGACAGCAGGGAAGGAUUUGUUGGCGAACAAGUUGACGUACCCAAAGAUGAUUGGCAUUGAAAAGUCCAAAGAAUAUGCUCAAAACCUUAGCAAGGAAGCUAAGGAGCAGCUUGUUGGUUUUGAUCCAGAAAAGGCAGCUCCAUUACUUGCUAUGGCAGAUUUCGUUCUUCAUCGGCAAAAAUAAUCUCUUUAGGAUGAUUAUGCCUGUAUUAUUUAACUUUAGUUGUGAGCAUUUUUUUUUAUCUAAGGAAGUAGGGAGUGGAGCUCUUUCAGUUCCUUGAGUUAUAUCAGGAAAUAUGGGUGCUGCUUAAUUUCUCCAUCUGAAACUGACCCUUCUAAUGUCCAAAGGGACAAUGUCAAUCUUCACCUGUUUGCUGAAAUCUGUUUUGCUUUUUCA